CAUUGCUCGACAAGUCAGCUGAUGGAGUUCCCUAAAUCGUUAAUACUACAGUUAGGCGCUUAUAUACAUUGUUAAACAUGGUAUAAUCAGAACGAUAAUAUAAUUCUAAAUUCUAAUUCUAAAGAUUCACACUUAUAGUCACACCAUGGCGAGUUCAUUCACACUUGGAGAGAGAUUUCAUGAGAAAGUAAAGGAGUUAUUGAGGAGAAAAUCAGGUUAUUCAUCAGAUCUCAUGGAGCAAUUGGAAGCACUAAAAGAUCAGUCCACAAUGUCAUUCAAGACUGCUAGGAAACUACAGCAGCUUCUUCAACAGAAUGGGUAUCCAUUCUAUCUUCAUGAGCUACUGGACGACAGCACGCUUUAUCUCCCGAAGGUAGAACUGCCUCCAAGAAACCCUGAGUUGGUGGCUCGUCUAGAGAAGAUUAAAGCAAAACUGGCAAAUGAAGAAUAUAAGAGAAUCACAAGGAACGUAAAUCCUCAGGAAAUUAGUAAUCAUGGAGGCCUAGCAGAUUUUGGAAGACAAGUGCAGUCUGUCAAAGCGGUUGUUGUUACUGUAUUCAACUUCCUGGUGACUGUGAUUGCAGCCUUUGCUUGCGCCUACAUUGGCAGUCAGUACAUCUUUACAGAGAUCGCAUCGAGGAUCAUUUCUGCCGUCAUCGCAGCAUCUGUAGUUGGUCUAGCAGAGCUUUAUGUCCUGGUUCGUACCAUGGAGGGUGAACUGGGAGAGCCAUGACGCCUGCCGACAAUGAGAGCUCAUGAAGAAUGCUACUCCAGAGACAAUAUCGAGGACCAAUCUGUUUCAAAGGAGAAAUUUCAUUGCUAAAAGGAAUUGGGAAAUAAUAAUGUGGUAAAGUAUGUGUGGUAAUAAGUAUCUGAAGAGUCUAUUUGUUGUAAACUAAUGUCAUUUGUUUAAAGGAUGUGGAUGUGUGGGGGUUGCACUGUGUACAUUUGAUUAUAAGGUUGUAUAUACAGAAUGUAGUACGUGACUCUAUUAAGACUGUAGUUCAAUCCAUGCUCUGAAGAGGGUAGACAAAGCUACCUUAAAAAUAAACCUCUUUUUUUCUUAUUUGA